AUGAGGAUGUUCUGGAAGCAAGUUAAGUCUGCCAAUCAAGAACUAGGUUCCUAUCAUCUUGAAGAAUUAGAUGGCACUGAAAUCAAAGAAUCUAUUGCAGGAGGCAGAUUAAAGAAGUAUCUUAUAAGAUCUGGAAUGGAGCAGCUCAGUAAUAGUCCAGCAGAUUCAGAUGAAGAGAUGGAGAAUGUUUCUCAAAAAUAUGCCACAAGAAGCCAGUCUAAUAUUCUCUCUAGCAGUUCCUCAGAUGUUAGCUUCUUGGAUAGAGAGGAUGACCAAGAUCAGAGUAAGAGCAAAAAUGAAAAUAAUCAAGAAGAAAUGAAGCAAACACAAUUACUAACUGUUAUACCAGAUGACUGGAGCUUUGCUGUUGUUAUAUCUUCACAAGAUGUUUAA